AUGAAGCAGUCAACAAAGAUAAACUUUGCCUUGAUUUUUAUGAGCCUUAUUAUCCUAGAAAUUUGUUGUGCAGAAUCUCAUCAUGGCAAUUUGUCAGCGGAUAAACCUGAGCAUGAAAAACACGCUUCAGAGCUGUGGCACGGACCAAAAUUGGGAAGGAAGAAGCGGAACCCAAGUGACGAUCUGUUCAGGGAAGAACUGGAGCAAAAGGAACAGGCUAAUCUAUUUGAUAUGCUUCAGGACACUCCUUGGACUGUAGUCGCAGUUGGUGAUGGAAAACGUCACGUAUCAAGUUUUACUCCAAGACUAGGUAGAGAAUUACAAGACGACUUUGGGUCAAAUAUGGAAUUUGAACUAUCUGGGAGGUCUCCUUUUUCUCCACGAUUGGGCAAACGAAUGACUCCAUUUUCACCAAGAUUAGGAAGAUAGACCAAAAAAUGUAUUUAAUAUAUUUGUUGUACUUAACAAACUAGUAGUAAUAAAUUAAG